AUUACACUUACAAUUUGUUUGAAAAACAUUCAGUUAAGACUGUAUCCCUGGCGCAAUCCGAUAAUCUCGCGCGAACACUCUCUUGGAAAUUAUCUAUUUAAAUGAGAUUAACAUGUGGCAUCAGAGUUACGACGUCUGAGAUAAUAACACAUCAUACUGGUCACGGUGUUGCUGCUAAAACCUUCUGCUGGUCGUUGACAUGGCGGCGGUGACAACAACGCUUACUGCGCCGACGACAACAGAUCCCGGACAGAGAUCUACUCAACGUGGAAAAGACUUCUUCUCCUCUCGUAUUUCUUCGCUCUAAGGACGUUGUAACGUCAUGGAUGUCGUCAGCUCACAGACAAAGGCGAAUUUUUCGGUCCCUGGUGAGGAAACCCCCUCCACGAGUGACAAAUCUCGGCGAGUGUCGGUCUUCACGUUCCCGUCAUCCAAGGACGGCACUGACGACUCGGAGCCAGUCGGCAAGGCGUCCGCCAUGUUCGGCCGCAGGUCGACCUUCAGAGGUUUCGCCAAGACGAUCCAGAAGGUUCUGGCUCUGGAGAAGUUGACGAAGCUGGGUACCGUGAUGAGGCCGACGAUUAACUACGAAAACACGUACAGGCUGACUCCGGUCGACCGCUUCCACUACAACCCCGAGAAGGUGGAGCGCGCCAUCAUGCUCCUGCUGGAAGCCCAGCUCGCUAACGUCAAGUACGAGCCGAAGCGCUGCACUGCGCAGACUCGGCGGAUCACGGACCUGGUGAAGACGAAGGUGAAACAGAUGGACUUCCAGCGGUACAAGCUGGUGUGUAGCGUCAUGCUGGGGCAGUGUAACGACCAGGGCAUCGAGGCCGUCAGCCGGUGCGUGUGGGACUCGCAGGCGGACGGGUGCGCGUGCAUACACUACAAGAACGACUCGCUGUUCGCCGUGGUCACCGUCUAUGGCGUGUAUUUCGAAUAGUUAGCUUCUUCUCUCUUCUCAGAACAAUUUGUAUAAGAAAAAGUGUUUACAUCUUGCUCACCGGGGCCAGUUUUACGAAGCGAUCUUAGCGCUAAGAUUAGCUACCUUAUGGAUUUACGGUGAUCUUAGCGCUUAGAAAAUCGGGUCCUGGAGCUAAUUUCACAAAACAUCGUGGACCGAAUUUACAAGGGCUUAGACUUACACGCGUGUAACUACAUACAUUUACACUUCUUAAACACCUGCGUUUAAGAAAAACAAGGCCGGCUCUUGUGCCCAGGACAGGCAUGCGCUACAACAGCUUGCUCUGAAUGUGCACGUAAAGCCCUAUGACAUGAUAUGACCAGAAAAUCUGGCUUCGUAAAUUUGGCCACGUAAGUUUACGUUUACGACUAGCAGAUAUAUCUGUCGAACAAUUAUAUGUGGUUGCCAGCUAUUUUAUGCAGAAAAAAUUCCAUUAUGGCGGACAAAACAAAUUGAAAUGUGUGUAUUUCAAACUAUAUUAGUUGUACUGUUCGUAGUUAUACAAAUCGUGGUCUAGUCGUAGAUUUACGUUUACGUGCAAAACUAGGCUUACGAUGUUUUGUGAAACUGGUCCGAGUUGAUGGAAAGAGGAAUGUGUAAAAGUCAAAAUUAAUGCCUGUCUCUGAAAGAAGGUCCAAAUUUGGUGAUAAUGGGUCAUAAUAUAACAGAAGGCUUAUGGGAGCAGGGGGGAGGGGGGAGGUCAUAUCUCGACGGACGAUUUUUAAUUCGUAAAUGAUCUCAAAUACAUUCCGAAACAAGUUUUAGAUCAUUUUUGAACGUGGGAUCCAGUACAGAUGAUAGCUUAAUUUCCUUACAAGUUUUCAUGUUUGUUGUGACGGCCAGGAACGAUAUUACUUCUUUAAAUUAGAAUGUUAACUACGCGUAUGUUAUCAUCUGUAGGUUAUCUACUUGGGUGUUAUCAUCUGUAUGUUACAUACCUGUAUGAUACCUACUUGUUUAAAUUAGAAUGUUAACUACGCGUAUGUUAUCAUCUGUAGGUUAUCUACUUGGGUGUUAUCAUCUGUAUGUUACAUACCUGUAUGAUACCUACUUGUUUAAAUUAGAAUGUUAACUACGCGUAUGUUAUCAUCUGUAUGUUAUCUACUUAGGUGUUAUCACCUGUAUGUUACAUACCUGUAUGAUACCUUCCUAUUAUUAUCGACCUGGUUAGCUAAUGAAACCACUAGCUGCAUGUGUUACCGGUGAGAAACAAGAUUGUGUGCAUUAAUAUGGUUAAAACAUUGCAAACGUCCCCAUACAUGAAUUUAUUAUAACAUAUUAAAUA